AGCCCCUCGAGUCUCUAGAUCCUCAGUCCAUAUCGAUCAUGGCUAAGACUUUUGAUGCUGCUGAAGUCGCAAAACACACCUCCCCGGAAAGCUGCUGGGUUGUAUUAUAUGGCCAUGUCUACGAUGUAACAGAAUUCCUUCCCUUCCACCCUGGGGGCUCGAAUAUUAUUCUCAAAUUGGCCGGCCGCGACGCAACAGCAGAGUUCGACCCUAUUCAUCCCGCUGGAACCCUGGAAGAAAACCUACGCCCCGAGGCAAAGCUAGGGAAGAUCGACCCCGCGAGUAUGCCACAGGUCCAGGCGCUCGAGAAGAAAACGCAGAAAGCCGGGCCACCACCUAUGGAGAACUUGCUUAACUUGGAUGAGAUCGAAGAGGUUGCAACACAGCAGAUUUCGAAAAAGGCAUGGGCCUAUUAUUACUCUGCCUCGGACGAUCUGAUUUCGAAAAGUGCUAAUAACCUGGCUUAUAAGAAGAUUUUGCUUCGACCGCGGGUCUUUAUUGAUUGCACAAGGUGUGAUAUCUCAACCAGUCUUCUAGGGUAUAAAGUAGGGCUUCCUUUAUAUGUCUCACCCGCGGCACAGGCGAGGUUAGGUCAUCCAACGGGCGAGCAUGGCAUCGCGCAAGGUAUUAGCACGUUCAAUGCACUUCAGAUCAUCUCUAACAGUGCCUCCAUGACACCGGAACAAAUCGUUGAGGGUUCGUCCCCCGGCCAGGUCUUUGGAUGGCAGCUCUAUGUGCAGAACGAGCGCCGGAAGAGCGGGCAGAUGCUAGCUCGGAUCAACAAGAUAUCGGACAAGGUCAAAUUCGUCUGCUUGACCCUCGAUGCACCCGUACCCGGCAAGCGCGAGCACGACGAGCGAAACCAGGAGGUCGGUCCCCCUGUCACAUCGGCGAACAUGUCCGGCGAGGCCAACAACCGCCGUAAGGCCGGCGGGGUUGGGCUGCAGCUAUUCCAAGGCACCGCUGCGGAUCUGACCUGGAAAACCACUCUCCCUUGGCUGGCAAAGCACACGUCCUUACCUGUUGUCCUGAAGGGCAUUCAAACGCAUGAGGAUGCGUAUCUGGCUGCCCAGCACGCGCCCCAGGUUAAGGCCAUUAUUCUUUCGAAUCACGGAGGACGGGCCGCGGAUACAGCCCCGCCUGCCGUUUACACCCUCCUUGAGAUACGAAAGUACUGCCCCGAAGUCUUCGACAAGGUUGAGGUGUGGGUUGAUGGUGGCAUUAAAAGAGGUACGGACAUCGUGAAGGCAUUGUGUUUAGGAGCCAAGGCUGUAGGCGUGGGCAGGGCUGCCUUGUUUGGUCUGGGAGCCGGUGGACCGGAGGGGGUCAAGAGGACUUUUGAGAUUCUCAAAGCCGAAAUGGAAACGUGCAUGAGACUUCUGGGAGUAGAAACCAUUAGUGAACUGGGUCCUCAAUAUAUUAACUCACGAGCUGCUGAACGCGACAUUUAUGACGGCCCUGCUGGCCUGGAGAAAUUAGAUAGCAGGAUCAAGGCAAAUCUCUAAAUCUCUCACCCUACUUUGUCAUAUAGAUGCGUAGAGUUUGAGUAUGUAUCAAGUAUCAAAGGCGUAGCAUAGCGAGUAAGCGCUUUAUAUGGAUCUCUUAUAUUAAAAACUCAGUUCAUGCUCUAGUCAAAGGGUGUGGAGAUCUAUACCCCUGCCGCUUGUUGGCAAUCUCAAUCCUACAGAGCAAAGAACACCC